AAGCAGAACUUGGGGGGGCCUAGACACUCACUGCACCAAAGUCGGAGAGGAGAUCCUACAGGGGUGCCAGGAAGAGCAUCGAACUGAGUUAUCAUUUGUGACAUCCGAGAAGUUCAUGGUGAGCACCUUUGAGCAGAUGCAGUUUGACCUUGAAGAGGUCAAGGACACAUGGUGGCCACCAGGCCAGUCAGAAUCCACCAAGCAACUGCAGGCUCGGCUUGAGGAGUUCAUGUAUCAGCUGCUCUUCGCGUCUCAGCAGUCUAUCGUGGUCUUUGGACAUUCGCUCUUCUUCCAGCAGCUCAUGCGGAGGUUUUUCAGCGAUUCCUACAGGCCAAAUGAAUUGGCUCAACGCUUGAGCACCGGAAAGUUGCCAAAUUGUGGAGUUGUCCGUCUUGAUCUGGACCCCUCCAAAAUGUUGGAUGGGCCCUUCGUCAAGGCCGAGCUUGUUCUUGGCACCACUUUGCAUAGCGAAGGU